UUGAAAUUCCAACUUAAAACAGAUUUUCAGUGCAUCACAGAUAGAGCACAAGCACUCAGUAGGUAGGUUAUUAUGUAGGUAUUAUAAUAGGUUAUUAUGAAAAAACACAACCAUAUCCAACAACAAUCAUGUUGUUAAUUAUGAAAACAUUUCAGGGAUGCUCUCGAAGUAGAGCACGUCCAUCACUCCCCCUGGGUGACGCAGUUUUCCAUGAUGUGUCAGCUCCUUGUAAGGUCCCCUCAAUUCCGAGCAAGAUCAUGACACAAGCAAAUAAUCAGCCACAGCACGUGCAGAAUGACAGGUAGGUGAGUCUGAUCCCCCACAUUUCCAGUCCAGUCUCAGAGUUCUGACACCAAGGUGUGGGAUACCAGCUCUGGUCUCAACAGGCCGUAUCCUAAAAAGCAAGAGUUCUCAUUCAGAGACUGUUCUUGGUCACUCACAGACUGUCUGUGUCACUGCUAUUGUUUCAGGAAACUUUCAGAAAAUGCCAGAAGGCAGAAAACCACUGCGGAGACUCUCCCGCACCCCUCUUCCAGACCAGGGUCCACCACGAAAGUCCCGCAAGAAACUUCAAGUCAUCAUCUGUGUACUGCUUGUGGAGCUGUGUGAAAGAUUCACUUUCUUUGGGAUUGUAGGCAACACUAUUCUCUUUUGCACUGUGAAGCUGGGAUACAAUAACUAUCUGGCUGCAACAGUCAACUUGUGCUUCAUAGGAGCCAGUACCCUCACCCCUGUUCUGGUUGGAUGGUUUGCAGAAACUUGCCUAGGAAGGACUAAAGUGCUCUACUUGUGUGCAUUUCUUCAUUUCUUUGGCACCGCCAUGCUGCCUGUGGUCGCAUUCCCAUUCGAAGAUUUCUACAUUGACACUCAUCACAUGACUCAUCAGCUGGAGCCUCGGGAGCAGCAGAUCCUGUUCUACAUCGGGCUCCUGGCUGCUGCGCUGGGCAUCGGUGGCAUCAGGGCCAUUUUGUGUCCCAUGGGGGCGUACAACCUGCAGGGCUACAAUCAGCACCAGCUCCUGUCCUUCUUUAACUGGUUCUACUGGCUGGUCAACCUGAAUUCCACUGUGGUUUUUCUGGGUAUUGCUUACAUCCAGCAGUCUGUGGCCAGAAAUCUGGGCUUCCUUAUUCCUUUCACCUCUGUGCUGCUAGCGCUCAUCGCCAUACACAUGAUACGCAACAAUCUAACCUACAAGCCAAAGAAAGGUGGAUCUUUACUUACCACUUUGGGAGUUUUUCUAAACUCUCUGAGGAUGUGUUGCCUCCACUCUCGCCAUCUGAGUGGAGAUGUGGCAUCUUGGCUGGACCGGGCCAAGGAGAACAAUGGCGGUUGUUACAGUGAAACACAUGUAGAAAACGUCAAAGUCCUAGCCCGGCUUUUCCCUCUUUAUGGACUUCAGCUGCUGUACAGAGUCUGCAUCACACAGAUUCCCUCAGGUUACUACAUACAAACGAUGAACUCAAACCUUCACAUGUCUGGCAUCCUGUUACCUAUUGGUGCCAUGAAUGUGAUCAGCAUCCUACCUCUGUUGGUGUUGGCCCCACUGAUUGAGUUCGUCACCACUUUCUACCUCUCCAUGGAAAAAACUCCAUUGGCCCCUGCAAGAGUCAUUACUGUUGGCCAUGUAUGUGCAGCCUUGUCAGUCCUGCUGGCAGGCUUGUCUGAGCUGCAGAGGAAGGCUUAUCCUUUGGUGGAGCAGACUCUAUCUGGGAAGGUUCUGCAAGUUUCAUCCAUGCCAUGUUUCCAGCUGGCUCCCCAGUACAUCCUACUGGGCUUAGCUGAGGCUCUUGUCACACCUGCAUGUUCACUCAUCUCUUUCCAGCUGACACCCAGCCACAUCAGGGGCAUCUCACUGCACUUCCUCACUCUGUCCUACGGAGGGGGCUGCUUUCUCGGAGCCUUCAUCAUUCAACUGGUGUACUUUCUCUCUGGAGGGAACUUCAUUCCAAAUACAUUGCAUGAUGGGAAUCUGGAGCGGUUCUUCUUCCUACUGGCCACACUGAUGGCUAUUAAUACAAUUUUGUUUUGGAGUAUAUCAUACAGGUACAUAGACCUUAGUGUGCAGGGUAAAGCACUGACCAUCAGCCCUCUGACUGAGAAGCUACUGCAUUACAAAGCCUGUCUACGCUUUUACGACACAAUGGAUCGCUCCUAUACAAACAACUCCAUUGACUCUAUUUUAUGA